UUCCAAUUUUCCAAAUUAGAUCGGUAGAUUCAAAUCAUCAUAGCCUCUCUCUCUCAUCUCCAUCGGCCAUUCGGUCUAUCUCCAAGUCUCCGAUUCCUCGUCGGCUCGUCCCUUCUCUCUAUCGACUGCAGUAGUUCCGGGCUUCCGGCAAACAGGCGCUAGUGAGCCACCGCUGCAAUUCCCGAAUUCCAGACGGCAGUGCCUCUGCGCCACAGUAGCAAUUCCCGACGGCAGUCCCUCUGUCGUAGCCCCACCAGCCGUUUCCCAUUUGUCUAUCUUUCAUUUCAUCUCUACACUGCCGGUGGAAGUUUUUCCAAUGCCCCAUUAAGCUCUCACAACAACACAGACCAAAAAAAAAAAACCUCCAUGAAUCUCCUACUCAAGCUUCACCUGAACUAUUAUCCUCCAAGACUUUUCCAGCUUUCCAAAACUGGUCUUCAUCCCCACACAUUAUCUCGCCAAACCCAUUUUAUUUCUCCAUCGCACGAUCCCAAAACAGACAUUUCUUGGGGAUACACUAAUUCCAAGCGUCCCAAGGCAUCGACUGUUCAGAGACCAGCUUGGAGUAGCGUAGCAGAACAGAGGCCGGAGGAGGGCGAUGGGUAUGAGUACUUGGCAAAAGAUGGGGAGGUUUUUCAGAAGACUCUCAGGCUUGUGGAGACUGCCAUGUUUGCCUCUGUUUCUGGGUUAGCCUAUCUCUUAAGCAAUUCUCUUGCGGUUGAGAAUUACUUCGGAUGUUUCUUCGCAUUACCCAUAGUAAUAUCCUCCCUGAGAUGGGGUGUUGCAGCCGGAAGAAAAACUAUGGUGGCGACUGUUGUGCUGUUGUUUGUCCUGUCUGGUCCAGUGAAAGCGAUUAACUAUAUGUUAAUGCAUGGUCUACUUGGGUUGACUAUGGGCUCUUUAUGGAGGUUGCGCGCUAAUUGGACGCAAUCAAUCUUCUUGUGUGCCCUUGUACUGUUUCCAUUCCCUCCAGUUUAAGUAUCUUUUCCUUUGCUCAGAAACUGGAUUCUUUUGGAACCUUGGAAAUGCUAGGGAAUAAAAAUAAGGGUGAAACUAGAAUGAAAGGGAAUUUAUAAUAAAUAAUGUAAAUUGAGGGGCUCCAUUUUAUAUAUUUGUUCAAGAUUAUUUUAUGUAUCCAUUUAAUUUUUUCUGAAGAUUUUUUGCAGGCUCGGGCAAUAGGUGCCAUAGGGUAUGUGCUAUUGUCUUCGUUUCUAAUAAGAGAAAACAUACUCCAAUUGAUUACCAUAAAUAUCCAUGCUUCCCUCUCGUACGUCCUCACAUCCAUUGGAAGCAAUUCAAUUCCAACAAUGGAUGUCAUAUACACCAUUUUCGGGACUCUGCUUCUCAUCAACUCGGCUUUCUUUGCGCUACUGCUACAUAUUCUGUAUGCAAUCUUCUUUGCCAAGUUUGGGAUGAAGGCUUCAUUGAGACUCCCCAAAUGGGUUGAGGCUGCAAUAUAAGAUAUGCAUCCUAAGAGUAGAGCUGAGCAGAGUGUGGGGUGGUGUCAAAUUUGUGUUGUAAUGGCUAAAGUGAAAGUAUAUAGUUGAAAUGAUUCCAAAGUGUGAGGGAGAAUAUGAUAAUCACAUAAUCACACUCUUUCAAACAGUUUCGAACUCUUUUUG